AUCAGAGUAUGUAACAUGAGCUAUAUCCAUCAAGUCCUCGUCUUAUUAGAAAGUUUUUCUUUGCAACAUCGCCGUUGUCUUUCUCAGUGGGGGUUUGUGUGGCAUUAUUCGGGACAGAACAAGGCGAAUACAUCUAAACUUAAAAGGAGCGGAACCUUUCCCGAGCGCCUCUUGUUUCGCACGAACUGUUUAGAAAGUACUCGUAAAUAUCAGUAAAGAUGGCGACGCUCACGAAGAAGCCACAUGUCGUGGUUGAAGAGGGAAUCGAUGAAGAGUUUGGAGUUUCUGAUGAAAGCAUCAGUGAUGAUGGAGAGAGUGGAUCUGAGAGUGAUCAGGAGGGGUCCGGUGUGGGAAGUGACGUAGAAGACAGCCCUGAUGAGGAUGGAAAGAGCGGGGAAGAACAGAAUGGAGACGCUGCGGAAAAUCCCAACACCGGCUGGGCCGAAGCCAUGGCCAAAAUCCUGGGCAAGAAAACACCAGACAGCAAGCCCAUCAUCCUCCUGAAGAACAAAGAGCUGGACAAGAUCAAAGAGAAGGAGAAGAAAGAGCGCCUGGAGAAAAAGAAACGGAUGGAUAAGAAACGAGCGUGGGAGAAUAUGUGCAGAGAGAAGCCUGAUGUGGUUCGAGACCGAGAGCACGAGAGGAACCUUCAGAAAAUUGCAACCAGAGGUGUGGUGCAGUUGUUCAACGCCGUGAAGAAGCAUCAGAAGAACGUGGAUGACAGGAUAAAGGAAGUUGGAGGUUCAGAGAGAAAGAAAUCCAGAAUUCUGUCCUCAGUGACUAAGAAGGACUUCAUUGAUGUCUUGAGAGGAGCAGACGUGGCUCACAAACCGGCUGGCAAAAAAGAGAAAGUGCAGCCUGUAGAAGUGAAAGGGGAGAAUCCGUCCUGGAGCGUGUUGAGGGAUGAUUUCAUGAUGGGCACGUCAAUGAAGGACUGGGAUAAGGAGAGCGAUGAAGAGCGUGAGGAAGGAGAGGACAACCUUGAGCCUGCUGAAGAGUGCAGCAGUGAAUCGGACUGAUCCAUCACAUGUAGUGCACACAUGACCUGCCCUGCGCAGAGAGAGAAGACUCAGCGUCACCUGGAGAUCUCAGAGCGAGGAAUAGAGAGAGACAGUUAUCUGUGACGUUCCCCUGAUCUUGAUCUUGUUCAUGUGUCUUUUUGGACUGCAUUGAUGAGUGCUGCACAUCUAGCCACACCUCUGUGCUCUUUUUCUGUAUAUAGACAUUUGUCACAGAGUUUUUUGCUAAAUAAAUCAGUUUAAGCAUUUUCAGAUAUUUUGAUUGGAAACAAGAAGACUUCUAUGCAAGAAAAGCAUUGUUCUUCACAUUUAUUAUGGACAUGUUGUGCUAACAUUUGAGAAACAUUUCUCCAAAUACUUGUAGCAGAGGUCUUUAACCCUGCUCCCUCUAAUCAAGGGCUUCAGGAUUGCUUGUCCAUCAGGUGGCGCUGCUGUCAAAGUAGUGCAGUGAUCUACAUCUGGGUUGACUUUCUGACCUCUAGACAGUUCUGUAAAUGUAAAACUGAAAUGCAUACGUUACAUCAUGAUAUGGGCCACGUGGUGCAUUUCAUUCUUUUGAGCUCAUUAGGAGUGUAUGUUCUAAUAUAACAGGUCCUUUCAUCGGAGGUGCGCUGUAGGCCUCUCUGAUUGGAGGGCUGCCAGGAGAUGACCUUUGACCUUUAAGGGUGCAGCCCUGCUGGAAUGACAGUUGUGCUGAUUCUAGACUUUCUCUUUAUCACUCUCAGUCGAGCUAUGUGUACACACCCAGUUGAGAUAUAUUUACCCAGUGUCUGAGAGGGUACAGCACUUCAUUUUGGCCGACGUAAAACUCCCAUUUGUCACGACAACACUGUGAGCUGCCACUCAGGAAUGCCCGCCCUAGCCAGGGCAUGUUGACACAGCGCCCUAGAAUGGGUCAAGCUCCUCUGUUGCUCCCUCACUGCUCAUCUGUUCAUAGCCGCCCACUGUCUGCAUCACAAAACCUCUUCCUCAUCAUCAGCAAGUGAUUGUGAGAACAGUCAGGUGGACCGUGUAAUAAAAUUGUUGUGCAGUUUUACCACACUUAA